UUACAAUUUCAUACCCAUUAUCCCCAAAAUUCUGUCCCUUUUAAUGAAUUUCUUGUCUUUUCGUUCUGAAUUCAAAGGAAUGAACAGAAUGUCCACUCAAAAUUCAUUAAAAGCUUUCAAAUUUAUGGUGUUCCGGCCAGCUGAUGUCUUCGCUCUUUUCGUUAGAACCUUUCUUGUCAUCUCCAUCGUAGCCUCUUUUUCUCUCUUCUUUUACCUCACCUUAUACGACAAAAUCCCCCGUUGUCACGGCUGUUUCGGUGCACUCCGAAUCUCAAACCACCGGGAAGUGAAGGCUUUCGGUGCCGGAGAACAGCCGACGAACAUUUCCCAUCUUGUGUUCGGCAUUGGUGGCUCUGUCAAGACGUGGGACGAGCGACGCCAUUACUGCGAGCUGUGGUGGAACAAGAAUAUCACUCGUGGGUUUGUUUGGCUUGAAGAGAAGCCUGAAUUUCCCUGGCCACAAUCCUCUCCGCCCUACCGUAUCUCCGACGACACCUCCCAAUUCAACUACACUUGCUGGUAUGGGUUUCGAUCGGCGAUUCGUGUGGCUAGGAUAAUCAAGGAGACUUACGAACUGGGGUUGAAGAACGUGAGGUGGUUCGUGAUGGGAGACGAUGAUACAGUCUUCUUCACCGAGAAUUUGGUGGAUUUGUUGGGCAAAUACGAUCAUAAUCAAAUGUAUUAUAUCGGCAGUAAUUCUGAGAGCGUAGAACAAGAUGAAGUUCAUUCUUACGCCAUGGCCUACGGCGGCGCCGGAUUCGCCAUUAGCUACCCUCUCGCGGCGGUGCUCGUUAAAAUUCUAGACGGCUGCAUCAACCGUUAUGCUGACAUGUACGGCUCCGAUCAGAAAAUCCAGGGCUGCAUCAGCCAGAUCGGCGUUCCGUUGACCAAAGAACUUGGAUUCCACCAGGUGGAUAUUCGAGGGAACAUAUAUGGUAUAUUAGCUGCACAUCCAGUGGCGCCGUUGGUCUCGCUCCACCACCUGGAUUACCUAGAGGCCAUAUUUCCAGUCAUGACCCCACCCGACUCGAUCAAGAAGCUCCACACUGCUUACAAAACGGACCCAGGUCGAGCCCUUCAGCACAGCUUCUGCUACGACAUGGCUAGUAACUGGUCCGUUUCGGUGUCGUGGGGUUACAGUGUUCAGUUAUAUCCAUGGCUGGCCACAGCCAAGGAACUGGACACGCCCUUUCUCACGUUCCAAACGUGGAAGACAGAAGCCAAUGAAUCCUUCACUUUCGAUACCCGACCCGUAAGUUCCAACCCGUGUGAAAGACCCAUUCUUUAUUUCUUGGAUACGGCGGAGAGAUUUGGCGGCCGCAGAUGGCGGACGUUGACCAGCUACCGGAAAUACGUGGAGAAUAAUACCAAUGAGUGUAAGCAGCCGGAUUACGCCUCUGCACUGUCGGUUGAGUAUUUCAACGUGUCGGCGCCGGAAUUCGACCGCCGUCUGUGGAGGCAGGCACCACGAAGACAAUGCUGUGAUGUCGUCCAUGAUAACAACACAAUAAAUGGAUUGAUGCAAGUUCGUAUUAGAGACUGCAAUCAAUUUGAAAGUGUGACGCCGCCAUAACAAAACCACACACCUCUAAGAGGUAAUUAAGCAUAUCAUCAAAUUAUUUUAA